GCCCCCCACCUCCGUGGUUCAAAGCCCACGGUGAAGUAGGCUCCAAAGAAAAGUGACAUAGCCUCGGCUAGAUCAAGCACGUGGAGUAAAGAGUAUGAUUCGGUAUUUUCACAUGCACAAGUGAUUUAAAUUUUUUUUUUAAAAAUGCUUUAUCUGCCUUCCCAUCCCAAUGAAAACUAGUUCGAAAAUUCGAACAUAUGUGUUAUGGACAGGAAAUGUACAUUUAUGGACCUUGCUACCUUGUUGACAACCUUACAGAUUACUAUGAGGUUUGAGAAGGGCGCUCCACGGCGUUUGCUCGUUCAUAGACAUGUGCACCGCGGCUCGGGUUAAUAGAACGCCCUCAUUUUCAUAAGCUUCACUUAUUGUUGUUAUCGUUCCACGCAUUUUUUUUUAUUUUUUCGUUCCACGCAUAUUGACCAAUCGCAAUGGAGCGGUCUGGUCCUUCAAAGGACCGGAUGAGGUCGUGGGAAUGCACGAACAUAAAAACAAUAACAUGUGAAUACUUUAACUAGAAUUAAUCGAAUUUCCUUAUUGUACAAUUCACAAAACGAAUGAUUGACAGCAAUGAUAGAUGCAUAGAUACGUAUUUGUGAAUGUUAUUUUUUGUUUACAUUAUUUUACGUCAGGCUUAUAUAUGGUUGAUGACUUGGUUUAUCUCAUUCUGUGUUAAUCGUAGCUAGUUUUAAACAGUUGAGGCUCGGGAGUCGAUCUACCGCAACAGGGGGAUACUCUGUCUGCUUCAGCCGAAAUAUGGUUCGCAUGAUGGGGCUGCUUUCAGUGAGUGUUGUGCCCCUGCGGAACGGGGUGCAGGCUUGGGGCAGAGGCUGCACCACCAUCCCUGCAGCUUUUCGCUACAGUAACGUUAGCGCAUUAUCGAAGUGUUCCACAUUAAAAAGAAUCAAUCCCAUGGGAUUAAAUCAAUGCAUUUACACAUUGGCUCGAUUGCUCAGUUCCAGUCCCCCACGAGGAUUUGAGAAGUUCUUCCCAAAGAGUGAGGACACUCCUGUAGUGAACAAAUCAUCUGAAGAGACCGGAGAUGAGAAGACCAAAGAGCCAGAAUCUCAGGGCGGAGGAGAAGGGGGACCAAAUGCAGGUGGCGAGAGAGAGAGGAGGAGAGGCGGAAGGAAGGAUGAAUCAGACUGGUGGACACGCUUCCAGAAUGAUUUCCCCUGGGAUGAGAAGACCACGCGCAAUGUCGUGAUCGGAUUUGCCGGCAUGGCCUCUGCGUUCCUGUAUUUCUACUUCCGAGAGACUGGGAAGGAAGUCUCCUGGAAGGACUUUGUAAAUAACUACCUGGCUAGAGGACUGGUGGACCGUCUGGAGGUAGUCAACAAACAGUAUGUCAGAGUCAUCCCAGUGCAUGGAGUCAAUACGUCAGAGGUGAGCUACCUGUGGUUCAACAUCGGCAGCGUGGAGACGUUUGAACGCAACCUGGAGCUGGCCCAGCAGGAGAUGGGCCUGGACUCUACACACAGAGUACCUGUGAUCUAUGGAAGCAAGAGCGACGGUACUUUCCUGAUGAGCAUUCUUCCAACCCUGUUGCUGGUUGGCUCCCUGCUCUUCACCAUGCGCCAGGGACCAAUGGCAGGAGGCCGUGGCGGGGGGCGGGGCAACCCCUUCAGCAUGGGCGAAUCCAAGGCCAAGAUCAUGAAGGACAACAUUGACGUGAGAUUUAAAGAUGUGGCGGGCUGCGAAGAGGCCAAGCUGGAGAUCCUAGAGUUUGUCAACUUCCUGAAGAACCCCCGGCAGUACCAGGACCUGGGAGCCAAGAUCCCCAAGGGUGCAGUGUUGUCGGGUCCCCCCGGCACAGGGAAGACCCUGCUAGCCAAGGCCACAGCCGGAGAGGCCAAUGUCCCCUUCAUCACCGUCAACGGCUCUGAGUUCCAGGAGAUGUUUGUUGGCGUGGGUCCAGCCAGGGUGAGGGAUAUGUUUGCCAUGGCCCGUAAGAACGCUCCCUGCAUCCUGUUCAUCGAUGAGAUAGAUGCUGUGGGCAGGAAGAGAGGCAGAGGGAACUUUGGGGGACAGAGUGAGCAGGAGAACACACUCAACCAGCUGCUAGUGGAGAUGGAUGGGUUCAACACCAGCACUAACGUGGUCGUCUUGGCUGGAACCAACCGACCAGACAUCCUGGACCCAGCACUGAUGAGACCUGGGCGCUUCGACAGACAGAUUUACAUAGGUCCACCAGACAUAAAGGGCAGAGCGUCCAUCUUUAAGGUCCAUCUGAGGCCUCUGAAGCUGGACUCCAGUAUAGACUCUGAAGCUUUGGCCAGGAAACUAGCUGCCCUCACACCUGGCUUCACUGGAGCUGAUAUUGCCAACGUGUGUAAUGAGGCGGCCCUGAUAGCAGCACGCUACCUUAACGAGUCUAUCAUCGUCAAGCACUUUGAGCAGGCCAUCGAGAGGGUCAUCGGAGGUCUGGAGAAGAAGACCCAGGUACUACAGGCAGUAGAGAAGACCACUGUAGCAUACCACGAGGCUGGCCAUGCUGUGGUGGGCUGGUACCUGGAACACGCUGACCCUCUGCUCAAGGUGUCAAUCAUCCCCCGGGGGAAGGGUUUGGGGUAUGCUCAGUACCUCCCUAAGGAGCAGCACCUGUUCACGCGGGAGCAGCUGUUUGACAGGAUGUGUAUGAUGCUGGGGGGACGCGUGGCAGAGCAGGUCUUUUUUGGGAAGAUCACCACAGGGGCACAGGAUGACCUCAGGAAGGUCACGCAGUCUGCGUACGCACAGGUGGUUCAGUUUGGGAUGAGUGAGGUGGUGGGCCAGGUGUCUUUUGAGCUCCCCAGGCAGGGAGAGAUGGUGAUGGAGAAGCCUUACAGCGAGCCCACGGCCCAGCUCAUAGACCAGGAGGUCCGCUCACUCAUAGACGCUGCUUUCCAACGCACACACCAGCUCAUCACUGAGAAGAGAGAUGUGGUGGAGAAGGUAGGGAGGCGUCUCCUGGAGAAGGAGGUACUGGACAAGGCUGAUAUUCUGGAGCUGCUGGGUCCUCGCCCCUACGAGGAGAAGUCUACGUAUGAGGAGUUUGUGGAGGGGACGGGGGCCAUGGAGGAGGACACCUCCUUUCCCGAGGGCCUCAGGAACUGGAACAAGGACCAGGGGAUGGAAGAGUCCCCCCAGGAGCAGCAACGCAAACAGGCUCUUUACCUGUAGACUGACACCACGUCUGACCUGGCCCCCACCCAACUAGGCCACUGGAGGGACAUGUUGAGACUUCAUAUGGUGAGGGGAGGGCACUUGACAUGACCCAGACAGACUGAUAUCAGGAGAGGGUGUCAGGUUUAAGAAGGCACCCCUGCACCGUGUCCCUGAUGGCUACAGAUUGAGGAUUGUGGGGUGCAGCAGGGAAUCUGCUCCAACGGCAGAUUGGAGCAGAUUCUCAUGUAGACUUUUUUUAUUCAAAUGGGAAUGCAAAAAGGUGUUCCUGUAUUUUGGUUUUGCAGGGCAUGAGAUUCAUCAAUCUGUGAAGGAUAUCCACUCCACCGUGCCAUUCCUUUCCUUCCCUGGAGAUUCCCUGCUGCACUAUGUUCCUCCUUUAUCCUGACCAUAGUGCAUUUCAGGGCCUGUGUGGUCAUUCUAAGGUCCUAGAGACCAUGGUCGUCACAUCUUUGUCACAGGGAAAAUAUAUUGUUUUUAUAAACUCAGCAAAAAAAGAAAUGUCCCUUUUUUCAGGACCCUGUCUUUCAAAGAUAAUUCGUAAAAAUCCAAAUAACUUCACAGAUCUUCAUUGUAAAGUGUUUAAA